AUGCGGGAGCACAGGGGCUCCUGCUGUCACCGUGGCUGUGCCCCAAAGGAGUCCCUGUGUCCCCCCAUCAUUAAGUGGCAGCUGGUGACAACCAUCUCUCUCUUGCAGCGGCCAGUGCCAGAAGAAGGGCAUGACGAGGGCUCUGUCCAGCCCUACAUUGUGGGUGCCCAGAGCCCAGAGCAGCAGGAGCUGCUGGCCCGGCACGGCCCGACACGGCCUGUCUUCGUGGAGGGGCCGUUCCCCCUCUGGCUGCGCAGCACCCGGCUGAGCUACUAUGUGCUACGGGGGGACCCCCUGCCCCCCCACCUGCGGGAGGAACCCCCAGACCCCGAGCGCAGCCUGUACUACCCCCUGCAACUCGACCUGGACCUGGAGCGUGGCCCCUGGGAUGACGACGACUUUGAUGUGGAAGAGGUGGAGGAGGGCCCCGUUUUUGCCCUGUGCAUGGCAGGGUCCGGCGACCGGCGCCCACUGGGCCAGUGGAUCGCGGGGCUGCAGGAGGAGAACCCCGUCCUGGGCCGCACCCCCGUCAUCUUCCGCCUGCAGGAUGGGGACCCCCCGGCCGGCACCCCCGGGGGUCCUGCGGCACCCUGCCUGGGGACGGGCCCCUCCCCACCUGCUGCGCUGGAGCCCCCUGACCCACCGCGGGGCAGCAGCUCCUGGUAG